UUUCGGUGAUAACAACUACGGUGACGACAUCCGACGUACUAUACUUCCACGCCAUAAGUUAAUGAAUUCAUACUGAAUACUUGAAGUUUAUUUCGUGAAUCAAUUCCUUACCGAAAAGUAUCAAAAUGUUGGAUUUAUUUUCCAUAUUUAGUAAAGGAGGAAUAGUUCUGUGGUGUUUUCAGAAUACAGGACAUAUAUUCACCCCUUCUGUGAACGCAUUGAUUUCAAAUGUUGUUCUACAGGAGAGAACCGGGAAUAACAGCUUCGAGCAUAAUUCAUUAGUGCUAAAAUACAAAUUGGAUAAUGAAUUUGAACUUGUGUUUGUGGUGGCUUAUCAGAAGAUAUUGCAGUUGGCUUACAUCGACAAAUUCCUCGAUGAUAUUCAAUUAGAAUUCCGCGAUAAGUAUAAAAAUGAACUUCAUCGCUCUAUGCAUUCUCAUAGUUUUGACUCGUUUCAAAAACAUUUCAAAGCUGUUCUGAAAUCGGCCGAAGAAUGGGGUAAAGCGCAGGAAUGUAUACAAAAACCGAUGCGAACUUAUCAAGAAUCCGCCAAGUCGAAGAAAACAGUUUCGUCUAUGGUUGAGAAGAAAUCAGAGAACAAAGAAAACAAAAAGAAAGCAUCGUCUAUCGAAGCUCCUGCGAACAAAGAAAGUUCUAAGCCAAAUACACUGCCUGUCAAUGGAGUGAACGACGAUAUUAUUUCGCAAAACAGGGCCAAAUUCGCUCAAAAACUGGGUUCACCUAAUGCCAAGAAGGCUAAAACGACGAAAAGUCCCAAGGAGAAUACGAAGGAAGGCAAAAAGCCUCGAAAAUGGGAUCUCGGAGGAGGCAGCUCUGAUUUACAAUAUUUAGAUUAUACGAAAGACAAAGGGGAAAAUAAGAACGAAUCCGAGUACAAUUUUUCAACCAAUACCGAAAUUGUUGGUAAAAUGAAAGGCAGCAUACGUGACUUGGAAGUUGAAGAAGAGUCUGAAGUCGAUGAAGAAUUCGAAACAGCGGCCGAAAGAAAGAAAAAAGCUGAAGCUAAAUCGCGAGGAGUAUUCUCCGUAUUCCAAGGCUUAGUAGGAAAUAAAAACUGUACCCCGGAAAUGAUGGAACCGGUGUUGGAAAAAUUAAAAGAUCAUCUAAUAUCUAAAAAUGUUGCCACUGAAAUCGCUCAAAAUUUAUGCGAUUCUGUAUCGAAGCAACUUGAAGGAAAGGUUUUGGGAACAUUCGAAUCGGUAACUUCGAUCGUGAAAAACACAAUGAACGAAUCUUUGGUUCGUAUUCUUUUACCGCAGAAGAAAGUUGACAUAUUACGUGAUAUAAUGGAAGCUAAGAAACAAGGACGGCCUUACGUGAUUGCAUUUUGUGGUGUGAAUGGAGUCGGAAAAUCUACUAAUUUAGCGAAAAUUACUUUCUGGUUGAUCGAAAAUAAUUUCCAAGUUUUGAUCGCCGCCUGUGACACUUUUCGCGCCGGUGCGGUUGAACAAUUACGUACUCAUAUGAGACAUCUCAAUUCGCUUCAUCCACCAUCCAAGCAUAAAGGAUUAGAAAUGGUGAAAUUGUACGAGAAAGGAUACGGUAAGGAUGCAGCUGGGAUAGCUAUGGAAGCAAUUAAUCACGCUAAAGAUGUUAAAGUCGACGUCGUUUUGAUUGAUACUGCUGGGCGUAUGCAGGAUAAUGAACCAUUGAUGAAAGCUUUAUCCAAGUUGAUCAAAGUGAACGAUCCAGACAUGGUUUUAUUCGUUGGAGAAGCAUUGGUUGGCAACGAAGCUGUUGAUCAAUUGAAAAAAUUCAAUCAAGCAAUCGCUGAUAAUUCAGAUUCCGCAAACCCGCAUUUAAUCGACGGUAUAGUUUUAACCAAGUUCGAUACCAUCGAUGAUAAGGUUGGUGCUGCGAUUUCUAUGACAUACAUCACCGGAAAACCGAUUGUUUUUGUUGGAACGGGGCAAACGUACACCGAUUUGAAAUCAUUGAAUGCGAAAGCGGUGGUAUCUGCGUUGAUGAAAUAAUCAUUUGGUUAAAGUUGUAUUAAGUUUAUGUUACAUUUCCAUUUUGUAUUAUUACAUUUGUUACGGUAUUUUUCGUGUGGAUUUGGUUUAAUUACUGGCAAAUCUCUAGUAAAAUAUAUUUUUGUUAUUUA